AGACGUUCGCUGAUAAACCCGAAGCGAUCGUCGGCGGUCAGCUCGCCGUACCAGGCGAGUUCCCGCAUCAAGUUUCCCUGAGGUUGGACGGCGUUGGACACGUUUGCGGCGGCUCCAUCAUCGCCCCGACGAAGAUCCUGACUGCCGCUCAUUGCGUGGAGACUGUGUAUCCACCCUACCACAAUUUCAAGGUCGCGACUGGCAGCAUCGAUAGCACGGGAGGAGAACUCCACACCGUGAAAACCAUUGCCGUACAUCCGCAAUAUUCCGACAGAAAGGAAGAUGCUUGGAAAAAUGACAUCGCGGUGAUCACACUCGAAUCGCCGAUUGAAUACAACAAAUAUCAAUCUCCAAUCGCUCUGACCACCUCUAAGCCUACCCCCGGACAGAAAUGUACCUUAUCCGGAUGGGGUCGGAUCAGCGCGGAAGGACCGUAUCCGCGCAAUCUUCUCAAGAUGAACCAGUUCGUGGUCUCGAAGAGCCAGUGCCAGAAGAGCCACUAUAAUAUGCCUUUGACCGGCAGUCACUUGUGUACGCUCAAUCGCUACGGAAUUGGCGCUUGCUCGGGUGACAGCGGUGGUCCGCUCAUCAGUAACGGCGUACAGAUCGGUGUUACUUCCUGGGUUGCUUCUUGCGCCGUGAGUUAUCCUGAUGUCUACACCGAUGUCUAUUACCAUCUCAACUUCAUCGUAUAUGCUUCAGAAGAUACGUAAAGGCAAUCUAUGAGACAUAAACGACAUAGAUCUAUUCAACGUACCAUGUCAAUGUGCCGGAAGAAUAUAUUUACGAUGUCGCAGCUUAUAUACGUUAAUGAUACAUCGACCGCUUCUGUAAAAGAAAAUAAAUAAUUCUAUAUUUAUAAUAUAUAAAUAAAUAAAUAAACGUUAUAAUUAA